CCUUCGUCUUCAAUUACUGUCCAUUAUUUUGACAUCCACCUUCCAGCAACACACCCGAGUCAGCAUCAGGAGAUCAGUGUUCAGUCACGUCCCGACACGCAGGAGAGAGUGGCUACCCAGGGGAAUAGCACGCAGAACCCUUGCCUGGCCCACAAAAUAGACAGUUAUCAAUUACACAUCUUCUAAAUCCCAAUCUCUGGACCACUUCAAUCCAUCCUUUGUCAGCACCCUCUGUUCCCCACAUCUUUUCUCAUUACUCCACCCCAUUCAUACCCGUCUUUCUUUCCAUCUCUCUACCGUCUUCAAUCCAAUUCACAAUGGGCGGCUGUAUGUCUACUCCAGAAGCCCCUAAGAAGACCGCAGAGACCAAGCAAGUCCCUUCAACCUCUACCUCUUCCCGCCCACCACAAGCCUCAACAUCAGCUACAGCCACAGCUGCUGGUGCUGGUACAUCGGCCGCCAAUGGGACAGCAAACGGUAUAAAGGGCGACACAACAGCAACAAAUAGGGUAGGAACGAGUGGGGGACAGGGGCUAGCAGCUGCUCUGGCAUCUACAGAACCACCAGGAGCACAGGAUUCAAAAGGGAAUAAAGAUAGGAGUAAUCAAAUAGACAGGCAACUGGAAGAUGACCAGAAGAAGUUUAGAAAGGAGUGUAAGAUUCUACUGCUAGGAUCCGGUGAAUCUGGAAAAUCUACAAUCGUCAAACAGAUGAAGAUUAUCCACCAAAAUGGUUACUCUAAAGACGAACUGCUCUCUUUCAGAGGAGUCAUCUAUAAAAACGUCCUUGACUCUGCCCAGGCGUUGAUUAUGGCUAUGAGAAAGAUUGGUGUGGACCCUGAAGACGCCAACAACAGAUCAUAUGCCGAUCGUAUCCUUGAAUACCGCAUGGAUGCCGGUCUCGAUGCUGUAAUCCCCUCAGAAAUCCUGUACAACAUCGAAUCACUCUGGCACGAUCCUGUCAUUCCCUCUGUCAUGGAUCGUAGCUCAGAGUUCUACCUUAUGGACUCUGCAACUUACUUUUUCGCCAACAUCAGAAAGAUCGCAGGGCCCGAUUAUGUGCCUGAUGAAGCCGAUGUUCUGAGAGCGAGGACGAAGACGACUGGUAUUAGUGAGACGCGAUUUAACAUGGGACAGUUGAGCAUUCACAUGUUCGAUGUGGGUGGACAGAGAAGCGAGAGGAAGAAGUGGAUUCAUUGUUUCGAGGCGGUCACUUCUAUUAUCUUCUGUGUUGCAUUGUCAGAGUACGAUCAAGUAUUGCUGGAAGAGUCAGGGCAGAACCGAAUGCAAGAAUCGCUGGUUCUCUUCGAGUCUGUGAUUAACUCAAGAUGGUUCCUGCGAACAUCCGUCAUCCUCUUCCUCAAUAAGAUAGACUUGUUCAAGCAAAAAUUACCAAAGGUCCCGCUUGUGCAGUAUUUCCCUGAAUACACCGGCGGAGCGGAUAUCAACAAGGCUGCCAAGUAUAUCUUGUGGAGAUUCACCCAGACCAAUCGAGCGAGGUUAUCGGUGUAUCCCCAUCUCACCCAAGCGACUGAUACGUCAAACAUUCGAUUGGUAUUUGCAGCUGUUAAAGAAACUAUCCUCCAGAACGCUCUACGCGACUCUGGUAUCUUAUAAUGACCCAAAGUAAAAGAUUAAAAGAGCAACGCCCACAUGGCCAAUUCCCAAACGAUUCUCCAAGUACAAAUGUAGUUAUAUUUAGCAGACUUUGAAUCAUAAUCACUUACAUACUUGCCCUUACCUUUAUCUCUUCCCUUGCCUUUCUUGAAAGAGUUUUUUUCUACUAUCUUUUUUCAGUUUCUCUGUCAACACGUAUGUCGUAUGUUCGCUGCUCGUACUCGUCCAUGCUAUGUACUUGUCAUUCUUGUCCGUCU